AUGUCUGGCCGACGAUUUCGCAUGGUGCCAAAUCGACUUUCGGACUCUCCGGCCAACUCCGAACCGUUAUGCACCCCGCCGGGUAAAACAAUUGUUAUUUUUCUAACGGUCUUCGGGCCGGUUCGGAACAGAGGACGUCCUACACGGCCGACGGCGACCGGAGACAGAUCUAACGAUCCGGAGAUAACCUCAAAAGAUCGUCAUUAUAGAAGACUGCUUCAACGGUCUGGAUACGUGCGAGCAGACGUAAAACAACGCCGCUAA